AAACUCCAUCCCAUAACAACACGCACGCGUGCUUGUUUAUUCAGUUCAGAUGUCUACUAGAUCUAGAGUCUAGAUCUAUGCCCAUGAAACAACAAAGCUUUUCAUUGUAUUAAACGGAUUAUAUCGUAUUAAAAGUAAAUUUCUGACAAUGUUAAAUUGGUCUAUCAAAAUUUUAUAGUUACGACUCUUUUGAAACAAAUAGUAAUUUCUUUCUUCAACCUCUAAAUGUGGACUUCUAACAUUUUAUCGAAUACAUGUCAUGUGAUUCACUGAUCCAGAUCAUUCACAAGUUAGUAUUAUAUCUUUAAGAUAAAUUAGAAGAGAAUCAUGGCUGAGAAGUCAGAUAAAUCAGACAAAGUGUCAAUUGAGUCACAUUCAUCGGCUGUACAGCUCAAGAAACAGUUAGGUCUAUGGAAUGGAGUGGCUAUGAUAGUUGGCAUCAUUGUUGGAAGUGGGAUCUUUGUUUCUCCAAAGGGAGUUCUGCUCGAGGCUGGAUCUGUAGGCUCCUGUUUAUUGGUAUGGGCCAUUGCUGGCGCGUUGUGUGGUGUUGGAGCCAUGUGCUACGCAGAGCUCGGAACCUGCAUUACAGCCUCUGGAGCGGAUUACAGCUACAUCAUGAACUCUUAUGGAAAUUUACCUGCGUUUUUAUACCUUUGGGUGUGUCUUAUUGUGAUCAUCCCCACAGGGAAUGCUAUUACAGCAUUGACUUUUGCAAAUUAUAUAAUUCAACCUUUCUUCCCCGACUGUACAACACCAGCAGUUGCAGUUUCCCUUUUGGCAGCACUUUGUUUAACCAUUCUCACAUUUAUCAACUGCUGCAAUGUCAAGUGGGCCACCCGGGUGCAGGACAUCUUCACUUUCACCAAAAUAUUGGCUCUGGUCAUCAUCAUCAUCACUGGUGUGGUCAAACUGGCUAUGGGAUCAACAGAGAACUUUGAAGCUCCUUUUGAAGGAUCCACUCAGGAACCAGGAAGAAUAGCCUUAGCAUUUUAUUCAGGACUUUUUUCAUACUCAGGAUGGAACUAUUUAAACUUUGUCACAGAAGAAAUGAAAGAUCCUUACAAAAAUUUGCCGAGAGCAAUCUGGAUCUCACUACCACUUGUUACAGUCAUCUACAUCCUUGCUAAUGUGGCUUACUUUGCUGUGAUGACUCCAGCUGAGAUGUUGGCCUCUGACGCUGUCGCUGUGACAUUUGCUGACCGUACACUUGGAGUAAUGUCCUGGAUUAUGCCAGUAUUUGUAGCUUGCUCAACAUUUGGGUCUUUAAAUGGAGCCAUUUUCACGUCCUCAAGGUUAUUUUUUGUUGGUGCACGUCAUGGUCAUCUCCCUGGUUUCCUAGCAACAAUCAACAUGAAGCACUUCACCCCCCUUCCGUCUCUUCUCUUUGGAUGUGUGACGUCACUGAUCAUGUUGUCAUCCAAUGACAUCUAUGUCCUCAUCAACUAUGCCAGCUUUGUGGAAACUUUGUUUAUUGGUAUGUCUGUGAGUGGGCUGUUGAUACUGAGGGUCACCAGGCCAGAUCUUGAGAGACCUAUUCGUGUGAAUCUUUUCUUUCCAAUCUUCUAUUUCAUCAUCUGCGUGUUUUUGAUCAUAACUCCACUGACCACCUCCCCGAAGGAGUGUUUAAUGGGACUAAUCAUGAUCUUAACCGGCAUUCCAGUUUACGUGUUAGGUGUUAUGUGGGAGAAGAAACCCCAAGGAUUCAGAAUAGCUUUCUGUAAAUUUUCCAAGAUAACCCAGAAAUUGUUUUAUGCCGUCCAUGAAGAGAUCAAAGAAGACUAAAAGAAAUUAAUUGUGGCCAAAGGAUGAAGUGACCACAGAUAUGAAAGAUAACAAAAUAGAAUUAGUAUUAAAGCAACUAAGUUAUCAAGUAGUAACUCUUUUAUCAAAAUAUGUAUUUAAACAAAUUUUAGGUAGUGAGCAUAGCAAUUAUUUCUGUAAGAAAAUCCAAAUAAUUUCCUUUAUAUGUAAAUGUUUUAUUUAUUAGAAGUGACUUGGAGAAAAAACUUGUAAUGUUAAUUAUUAAACUCAAGCUCCUAGUGACAGGAUGAAGGGAAAAAAAUGCCUAUAAUAGGUUUUUCAAUCUCAAUGUAUGUGGCCUGCUGAAGUAUUGGGAUGGAGUGAAAGAAAAGAUUUGUCGUUUGAUGUAUGUUGCUGUUUUAUAAUUUAUUUUAUUGUUAAACAAAGUUCAUGUUUUUUACCAUGUGUUUGUAUAUACCUUUAGCUAAAUGCACCCAAUAUAUCUGAUUUACACUCUGUGCCAGGUGUUAUUAGCAUUUGUAAAAAUAUUUGAUGUCUACACAAUUUCAGAAUGGAUUCUGUGCAUCUUUUUUUUUUUAACAGAUUUCUAAUAUUGAGAUUUUUUGACCAGAUUUUUCCGCCUGCUCCUUUUACAUUAUUCCUUAAGGUUUUAUUACUGCACUGUGCUCGAAAUUUAAGAUAUCACUUGGUGACAUUCUUUUGCAGCGAUAUUAAUAGAAGCUCAAUAAAAUAUUUUAUAUUUAUGGUCAAGCUAUAAAAAGGAUUUUUUUUUGUAGUGAUUGGUGAAAAAUCACUUUAAAGUUUGGUAUUUAUUUUCCAUGUACAAAAUCUCUCUGUGACCUGUAUGUAGAUACAUCUUUGCCUCAUGACUUGAUAAACAAAAUAUAUUAGUUGGCAUCCUUCAGUUGCAAGUAUGUUUCAUCUCUUGAAGAUAACAUGAAAGUCUAGGCGUAAGUUAUGGUUGGAACGAUGUUGGCCACUAACAACAGCUCGUGUCUUCAAAGGAAUGGCAGGUAUCUGAUACAGUCAGCAGAUCAGAUCAGCAGUGUCACAGCAAAGAUUUAGAUUAAGUUUUCUUUCCCCUAGGUGUGUAGACAGCAAAGGUUAACAAGCUUCUCUUACCUAAAGCUUUUUAUUUUAGGUUCCAGUAAGUCUUUGCCUUUUCUCCUGUCAUUAAUAGCAGUUCUGCCAUACCCAAUAUGUGUCUCAGAGUUGCAUUGGUCACCACAUAGGCUAUUUAUAUUUUAACCAUUCAUGAAUAUGUUAUUUGGAAAUAAAGAUCUUGUGAGGCCAUUUUUCAAAUAGUAUUAAUUAUAAUGACCAGUCAGAUGGUAUUUUUAUUCAGCCUCUACAAACAAUUAGCCUAUUUAAAAAAUUUAAAUGUUUAGGGCAUUUCUGAUCUACAUCAAUGGAUCCAAGAUUUUCCUACAUGUAGAGAUCAAACUUGUAAGCUUUAAAUGUUUUUACAUAAUUUGAAGAUCUGUAAACUCAGGUGUCCUUUUUAAGAACAGUAUUAGGUCCAAUUAUAUCUCUAAUUUACAUAAAUUGCCUGAACAAUAGAUUAUCUGUUUGCAGGAUGUAAACAUUUUUUUUUAAAAGCAUGUCUAUAGUUUGUAUGAUUACAAGAUUGACAUACGGCUUGAUGUAAUUGGGACUCGGAUAUUCAGUGUAUUGCCCCAUUUGUCUCACUUGUGAGCUGGCAUUUAUGACAAUUUAAGACAAAAAACAUCUAGGUUUUGUUUUUAUACUGAAUUUAAAUAUACAUUUGACAUGCUUUAGCCUAUAUUUGACAUGCUUUAGCCUAUAUUUGACAUGCUUUAGCCUAAUAAUGUACAUGUUGAUGGAUUACACCAGUCUCAAUCUUAUGCAUCUUAUUUAAAUAAUUCUACUUUAAAAAUUUGCCUUAAAAUAAUUCAUUGUAAGAGUUGAUUUAAUGUCACCUGUUCUUCACAUUCCUAGCAAUGAUUUUCUGGCAACAGCACUGACCUAUAUGUUUACAUCAUUUUGUGUAAUGUGUAAUUCUCCAUAUUUUUGUGUGUGUGUGCCUAUAAAAAAAAAGAUUUUUGCAUUGUUUUUAUCAUGUGAAAAUGCUGUCUAAAGUUUGUAUAAGAAACUUUGACUUGUCUGAUUUAGGGGAUUAUAAUAAAUAUACAUUGGGAAAUAUGUUUGUAUCAUAAUCUCCAGUUGCUGUAACUGAGGCAUGCAGUGCAUAACCUGGUGUUCUAUAUAAACAAGUUUGUUAUCAUGAGAUUCUACCUUAUAUUAUGUUCUGUGCCUCUACUUAUUCUGGGUUAUAUACAUUGACACAAUGGUCUGUUCAUUAAUUGUGGGGUGCUGACCUUUAUAUUUCUUGAUUGUAUUAAUCUGUUUGUUUUUUAUUUGAGAAACUUUUACUUUACUUUUUUUCUUCUAAGUCUAAAUAGUUUGUGUUUUUUUUUGGACAUGUAAAUAAACUGUGUACAGCUUUACAAAUGCCCAUCCUGUGACCGCAACUGUGUUUCAAGGAUUGGCCUUUUCAUUCACAGAAGUUGCCAAAAGAAGGGAUAAUGCUAUUAAAUGUAAAAUGCUAUAGGAAUGCAAAACAGAAUGUGGGCAAAAAUAAUGAUUUCAGGUUGCUAGCUAGGAUGGCUGCCUGGUCGUGCGGUUUGCACGCUGGACUGUCGUUCGGACUUAUCGAUGGUCCCUGGUUCAAACCCUGCCCGCUCCCAUCCCCCGCCGUCCUGCGGGAGGUUUUGACUAGGAAGUAAUUAUCUUCAACUCUGAAGGAACAUCCGAAAUAAGUAAAACAUUUUACAAACAUUUUGGAAUCAUUUCCAACUCCAGUCAAGUCUUUCUUUCUUUCUUAUUUUGUUCACAAUCUUCUGAUUAAACAUUUUGUAUAGUUUGUAUUCAUUUUGAUAAAGAAGUAAGAUAGUAUUUAAAGAUAACAGAAUUAAUACUAUGGAAUUUUUUUUUGUCUUUUGUUUCAUCUGUGGUGUUAGUUUCAGUCAUUCCAUACGAGAUUAUUAUUUUUUUGUUUACUUUAUUUUAAAUCUUUUAUCCAUAUAACACAAAUGUAUUUGUACAAGAUAGUGGACUUUCUCAGUUGUUGAUACCUCCCAAUCUUUAGUCACCCUGUGUGUUCAUGUCAUUGUCAAAUAUUUGGUGAUAGUCCCACUUGACAUUUUGUAUGACACUCACAAGUAGUGAUUUUUAGGGGCCAGCUUAUGAAGUCAUUUCGUGUCUGUGUUUCUUGUUUAAAAAUUGACUUAGGUGGAUGCUGUAUUGAAGAACUGUCUUAGCUGGAUGCUGUAUUGAAGAACUGUCUUAGCUGGAUGCUGUAUUGAGAAAGUUUUAUCAACUUGACACAAUGAAUCUUUGGUUUCUGUUUACAUGCAGUUUUACUUCAAGUUUUACAAAUAGGGAAAAAAAAACACACAAUUGGCAUGUUUCUGUCAUAACUAAAAGAUAAUGAAAAAAUUGUAAUAGAUCUUUUAACCAGCUAAUGCAACUAAGCCAUAAGUUCUUGUGCAAACUUUGCCACAGAAUGGCGUUUAAGGCUUUGCCUUCUUCUCUUCUCCCCAAUAGGAGUAGCAUGGGCCACUGUUCAGGAUUAGUGGCAUCGUACUCCUACCAGUCAGGAAUUUAUUAUCUCUGUGCUUUUAGUUAGUUCUAAACAGAAAAAGUAAAAUAGAUUUGUUACAAAAAGUUUUUCUUUUUAGUUUGUUCAUGCUUUCAUUAAACAGGGACGUUAAUAUUUGUCUAAUUUUGUCUCACUUCAAGUGUUCACGCUGUGCCUCUAGGAAGAUUUUCUCCUUGAACCUAUUGACCUUUUUUUGAACUUUUUCAACUUUGAUAUGGAGAUACAUGUGAUAUGUUUGAUGUGUUUCUUUGGGCAUAUUUCAUCAAGUGCUGAUGGCAUUGGAUCUAAAACACUGCUGUACAUGAAAAUAUUAGUUCUGGAAAAAAAAAAGGAGUUCUUAUAUCUUUUUUUUUUUUGGCUUUUUUUAAAUAAUAAAUAAUCCAUAACAAACUUGGAAUUAGUUUGAUUUUUCCCUUGAUAUUAUGUGGCUUUAAAAGGGUGAAGUCAAAUUGUUAAGGUUCUUAUCCUAGAGGAACUAGACAUGGUCUCAAUAAAAGAACAAGUUUAGACAUAUACAUAUAGUCUUUUAUUUAAAAAAAACAUGACUUAAAGUGAUGUACAUUUGUCAUCGACUUCGUGUUUUUUAACUGUCAAAUCUGUUUUAUUUAUCAAUUUGGAUCAAAUAUCUCUUACUAGAUAUCAUUAUAAUAGAUAUUAUACACCAUUCGUAUAUAAACUUUACUACUAAAUGCUUCGUUGUACAACUUUGUGUACGAAAUUGUUUGUUUUUACAUUAGUAUCAUUCUACUACUAGGUCAAGUAUUUAUUUAUUUUUUAGUUCCUAUUCUAUUUUGUGCUUGACAAGAUAAUAACUGACAUUAUUUUUUUGCAUUUCCUUGUGCCUUGUAUAGGUCAGUGAUGACAUAAUUUGUACUCCAUUUUGUGUAGGUGAGUGAUGACAUCAUUUGUAUUCCAUUUUGACAUGAGUUGCCUGCUUUGAUUGUUCUUUGUUGUCUAGAUCUAGAUGGCUACUGUAUGCAGUAACUUUUGUAAAAAAAAAAAUAUUUUUCUUUAUGGAAAUUGUUCUUGAGGCCCUAUCCAAGUUUGAGGUACUAGUUCUGGCUACAGUGUACUUCAGUAGAAACAGUUAAUCCUAAUACAUUGUUUAGGGUACUUUAUAAACUGUUAAAAACUGAGCUCAGUGCAAUGAAAGAAUGCCCAAUACCAAACUGUUAUAUUGAUGCGUUUAUAUACUUUAUCUUUCCUUUAUGCCCUAAAUUGUCAUUUAAAUUUCAAGGCUAAUCAAAAUGUUGAACAAUAAAUCUGCUCAAAUGAGCAACUUCUGUAGUGCCAGGCUAUGAGUGGAGUUAGGAGAAGACAUGGUCAUUAGUGUGCGUUGGCAUAAGUUUGGUUUUAGUUUAGUUUUCCAUGAGAGGUCCAGAGAGUAUGGUUAAAUUAUGUAAUGCUGAACAUGGCUCUUUGAAAACUGCUUAUAUCUGGUAAGUGUAACACUGUAGGUGUAAAAACAAUUGCCAGUGAUAGUUCUUGACUUAUGAAUUUUUUCAGCCAGGUCCAUGAGUCACAUACACACUGGGUAUCAGCUUCUUGAUUGGUUGAAUAUCUUCUUGAUUGACUAAACAGCUUCUUGAUUAGUUGAACAGCUUGAUUGACUGCACAGUUUCUUGAUUGACUGAACAGCUUCUUGAAUUGUUGCUUGCCACUUACUUACUUAGACUUAGGUCCUCCCGCGCCAUUGGGCCAAUGUCACUGGCAAUGUCUGAAGCCAUCACUUAGUCCAGUUCUUAAUCUUGUUAUUUGUACACUUGGGUUGUCUACCUUGUGUGGCCUCUUUUAUAUGAAAUGCAUUAUAUUUUUAAAUGUAACCCUUUGUAACCAGAAUGAUAUGACCAGCCAUGUGUUCUUAUUGUUCAAUAUUGUUUUUAUUGCUCAAAAUUAGUUAAUAUACAUUUUUAGAUAAAUAUUUAAAACACUCUUUUACAGUUUUUUUUUUAUCUUUGUUGAAUUUUAAAAAAUCUAAAAACUUCUGUGGAAACAAAAAAGUAAAAGAUUGAAAUUCACAAUCAGUUUAAAAUAAUUCUGACCACAAAGGAAAAUCACUCAUGAAAUAUAUCAUUCAUUGUGACUCAGCACUAAGUUUAUAACAUACUUCUAUUCUAUUGGAUGUACAACUCAAGAGCCAAUCCUUAGUCUUGUAUGUUGAGCACAAGUCUGUACAGGUUUACAGUCUGUAUAGUUGUAUGCCAGCUGAGAGAGAGAGCAUCAAGUUCAGUGGUUCUCACACUUGGGUCACUCAAAGAGUGCUGGCUGACUUUAUUUGUUUAAGUUUCUUUAAGAUAAGCUUAUGUAAACAUGUUAAUAUUGACUUGUUCGUUUGUAACUUGUUCAGGAACCACUGGCUCAGUGCGCAAGUGUGUGUGUGUAUGCGUGGAGGAGCCUGAUCUCAAUGUGGCUUUACAUUGUUAGCACUCAUUUCUAAUGUGUCUGUUUUGACACACAUAAUGAACAGGACAUUUACAUUCAAUGUCUACAGUACUGGUGGUGUAGUUGUUUUGUACUCAAUGUUUACAUUAUCUAUAUUUACCAAGGUUUUACAUUACUGUAAACAUUGUGUUAUUUGUACCAGUUGCUUCAUUUCAUUUAUACAUAUAUAUAUAUAUACUUACCAGCCUCUCAAUUUUAUUUUUUAUUUUUCUUUCUGUUUUUAUAAAUGUAUGUUGCUCUAGCUUUACAUUCUAUUAUCUCAAAUAUGGUGUAUAAUGUCUCAAUAAGGAUCUGGUCUGGUAGGUAAACCGGGAAAUUCUAGUUCAAAAUGGUAUCUAAUUAUCUUGAGAAGAAAGAGAUGUGUACAUGUAAGAGAGAGAGAAUGGUUAUUGUUUUGUUUACUGUGCGACAGAAGACA